AUGGCAGUCUACCUCUCCCUACCCAUCCUCGACGAGCUCAUUCGAUCUGUUGAAACUGACCCCACCUAUGAAGACUCUGUGAAGGCAAUGGCGUCUGGAAUCCUCAACUACGAUUUUCCAGCGGCCAACGGCUACACAGUCGCACCAGAACAAAAUCGAAACGACAACUUCGCAGACUUCAUCAUCCUCCACAUCCAACGUCGUUUCCCAGGAGAUCGAGGUGUUAUUGAUCACACGUUAGUUGAAGCGAAAUGCACAAGCGAUUCUCUACAGGCGUCGUUGGAGCAACUUGAGAAUGCCCUUGAGCAUGCCAAAUUUGGAAGGUGUUGGGCAAUAAUGAUUCAUAGUUUCAGCUUCAAAUUCUACGAGUAUCAUCAAAACCUACCUGAGUACGCCCGUCUUGUCCCUUGGGGACCUCCCAACCAACAGCAGCUUCGCAACUCAUUCCAUGCGCGCAAUGACAGUGUUAUAAUUGAUUGGAUGCUGAGACAUAUGGCGCAACAUGAUACUCCACCUGCCCGUUAA